AUGCUGCUUAGGCAAAGAGAACCGAUUUUCUCAUGCUACUUUAGCAGCUCCAGCUCUAACCCGAAACAGGCUUACAAUCGGCCUCACUUGCCUGCUCUGCAACACACGUCUGUGGCGUCAUGCAUUUUAUGCAUUAAAAGUUAUUCCAACUUUGUCCAUUUCGAUCCUGACACUCCCAAAGUGGAGGGCUUGCGGUUGGCGAAGCAGGAGGACUAUUUGUUUCUCUUCUACCGAGAUUAUUGGGUGAACUCUCCAGUUCGGUUUGUUUGUUUCAGAGCAGACGGAGAAAAAGGCUGUAGCAGGGGCGAUUUCAUCUUCAUCCUGUGACGCUAGAAGUUCAUUUGGCGAAAAUUUGUGUAAAUAAGUAAUUCAGCAGCAGGAGCAGCUGGCUCCAGUACAAGAACAGCUGCUAGUGCAGAAGAUAAUUCUCGUCCAGCAGAACAACACAUCAUAAAUCUUGUGGAAGACAGGUGCUUGAAAGUCGAGGCUUUACGGGCAUUCACGGCGGGAGGAAUAAAAGCUGCGAAUUUGUAGUAAAAGACUCAACAAUAGAGACAUACACGCGAUCUCUUCGGCAAGAGCUUUGGUUUGCCGUAAGUAGACUAAAGAACAACAGAGCAC